CGCAGCACGGCAAAAUAACUUGAAUGAGGACCGAUCACAUUUAAAAUACACAUAAACUUCAACCAUUCAAACGUUUAAAAAUUUACGGUUUUGUAUACUGUAAUAACCAUUAGAAGGCUUAUCUUCCGCUUCCAGAAUGUUUGUCCGAAUGGUGUUGCCGUACAUUGUUGUUCGCUAGCUGUAGCUGUAUCUCCGCAUGCCGAACUACUCGACCGCUUCAGUUUAAAAUAAUCAUAAUAAUAGUCAAAAUAGAGAACUCUAACCCACCUUUUUGUCGAAUUAAAGUUCAAUAUACUUUAGCCUUGACGCAGAACGAACACAGUUACUUUAUUAGACAAUAACAUCAUUAUCGCAAGCAACUGGACCAAAUUGAGGUUACUUAACCUGGUUUGUUAGCCUCUUCGUCGCGAAGCAUAGGUCAAGUGUGGACGAAGUGAUUUUCUUUGAAAAUGCGCCCAAGAAGAACAGCAGAGAACGAGGAGCAACUUUGUGGGGCAAAAGAGGAGAGCGGCGGUGUUUUCAAGAAGUGUCGAUUUGGCUCAGACUUCAGCAAAGAUGCUUGUCCUGAGCGUCUGGAUGCAGAGCCCUCCCACUUUAAAGAGGAAGAGGAGAAAAAGGAGGUCUUCUACUUUAAAGAGGAAGAGGAGCAACAGGCCCCUUACAUGAAAAAAGAGGAGGAGCUUAAGCACCCUGACACCAAAGUGGAGAAUUUAGAUGAAGAUCAAAAUAGGGCGGAGCCUCCAAGCAGCACCUCGUGUCAGCACAUGACAAUAAAAGGUGAUUGUGACCACCAUGGAGCAUCACAAGCAGACGGCCUCAUCGCUCCACUGUCUGAUAGUGACAUCUCGUCAAAUGCUGCUGAUGAAAAUAAAAAGUCUGAUGGUGAUCUCACAUGUCACACUGACAACAAACCCUGGAAAUGUCCUCGGUGUGAGAAAAAGUUUGCUGAUAAGAAUGCUUUGAAAUUACACACGAGAACUCACACCCGUGAGAAACCGUUUACCCGUUCAGACUGUGGCCUGAAAUUGUCUCAUCAGAGAAACUUAAAAAGUCACAUAAGAACGCGCACUGGUGUGAAGCGUUUUUCCUGCUUAGACUGUGGCCGAAAAUUCUCUCAUAAGGGAACAUUAGUAAAUCACACAAGAACACACACUGCUGAGAAACCUUUUUCAUGCGCACUUUGUAGCCAAAACUUUUCUCAGAAGCAACACUUAAAACGUCAUACAAGUGUACACACUGCUGAGAAACCUUUUUCGUGCUCGGUUUGUGGCCAAAGAUUCUCCCAGAAGAGAGUGUUUAUAAAUCACACAAAAACCCACACUGGUGAGAAACUAUUUGCCUGCUCAGUUUGUGACAAAAGAUUCGUUCAGAAGAGAGACUUAACAAAGCAUGCAAGAACUCACACUGGUGAAAAACCUUUUUACUGCUCGAUUGUGGCCAAAGAUUCUCUGAGAAGGGAACAUUAA